AUGAUCAUAUUCGAGCCUUCGCAGAUGAAUACACGAUUGCAUCACGUAAACACAGCUGGUUCUCUGUCCCACGCGUCUCCCCAUCGUUCCUCUCCUCCCACCAUCAUCUCUGCUGCCACCAUCGUCGUGAACCCAUCGCCAUACCCUUUGCCGCCCACAACGACGCCCACGAUAACGCCCGUUACUUGCCCCUCGCCCACCCCUCUUCUCCCUGACGACUUGCGCGUUCACCAGCGAGGAGCCCUCCGCUUUUCUGUGGCCAUCGCCGUCGUGGGCGGCGACCUUCAUCCCUUGGUCUUCGCCCGGGAUACGCUCUCCUCGACCCCGUGCCCGGUGGUCUCGCUGCGUUUGCAUUCCCUUGCAACCACCAUCCUCGUCUACAUCCCCGAUGACGCGCUUAUGCCACAACCCCAGCCUCCCUCACUGUCCUAUCGUCUUAUUUCACGUAUCGGCCCUGGAAUGGCGCCGCAUCGACGCCUCAACCAGCUCCUAAGCGAGCUGAUACCUGCUCCAGAAACCAUUGGCAAGUUGAAGCUGGGAGAUAUCACUUAUGACGUCCCGGAAUCUCUCAAUCCCUCUCGCUUACCUCGGACGGCCAACCUUUUGGACGUGAAUGAUUCCGUCAAUCUGGACAACCUCCAUUUUAUGCUGCAGAAAUAUCUGCUCGGGCAGGAUAUAUUCCUUGUUUCCCAGCCUGGUCCGUAUGCUAGACGGUUGGCGUUGACAUUUGCAAGCACUAUCAACGCAGAGUAUGAAUACAUUGCGUUACAUCGGGAUGUUGGAGAGACCGAGUUGAAGCAGGGACGAGAAAUUAGGAAAGGUGGAAAUCUUGUCUAUGUGGACAGCCCAGCUGUAAAUGCAGUCAAACAUGGCCGGCUGCUCAUUCUAGAGGGAAUAGAAAAGGCAGAGCGCGGUAUCAUGCCAGUGCUGAAUAACCUGCUAGAGAAUCGAGAAAUGAACCUCGAUGAUGGAUCCCAUAUUAUACACCCUCACCGAUAUGCGCAACUGGAACAAAAUCAUUCUGAAGAAGGCAAAGUGUUCAUCCCGGCUCACAAGAACUUCAGAGUCAUUGCUAUCGCAGCACCCGUCCCUCCUUAUCCCGGAUACCCCCUAGACCCACCAUUCCGAAGCCGUUUUCAAGCUCGUUUCAUCGACCCUAUCGGCUCUCUACUUUCCUUCACAGAUACCCGGAAGGCACAAGCGCCGUUGUACGACAAAUUCCGCGAUCUUAUCCUCUCCACUCAACUCGCGACUGAGUCAAGAAAUGCCCUCGAGGUCAUCUCGAAGACGUCCUUACCACCAUUCCCACAAACGGCUCUAACGAAACUUCAAACACUGAUCGACAAAUUCCCUCCUCCAGAGCAGUUGUCGCCCGCGCAACUUGCUCGUCUAUUCCUGACCAUCCAUCCUGCUUUGAUUCAUGCGCCGUUCCAGGCGUGGGCAAUCCUUAGCCGCCAAACGCAGGAGGCAGGCCUCGGAGAACUGGGCAGCCCAUCCAUGUCCUCCAGCGAUGACAGAAUCGGGUUGUUUGGGUACCAGGCCGUUGAAAUUCGCCGGUCCAGUGACACUACUGCAGAAAUCGCCUUUGACCCUCCCGCAGGCUUACUGCGGACCUCAGUAACGGUACCGGCUGGUUCUAGGCAACUACGGCCUUUCCCUUUCGUUGGAAAGCUUGAAUUUAAUCCUACACCUCGUUUCAUGGGCCUGCUAACCUGCUUCUUACAAGCACAUUCACUUGGAUGGGAUAUCUCCUUGAUUCCACCUGCGCUACCAUCAACUGCUUCAGCAUCAACAACGACUCUUGUCAAAACAUUCGGCCAGAUCCUGGGCUAUGAAGCGGAAGUAUUGCACAUGUACAAGGAGCUCGGCGGACGAGAACUCGUCAUGCGAAGGAAGAUUGAAGAAGGAGGCGCGACGACUUGGGAACCAAGCACCUUAAUAGAGGGGGCGUGGGCAGGCCGACUUCUACACCUUGCUGGUCUGGACGUCAUUGGUCCGACAGCUGGGUCCUUAUCUCGAAUUAUCCAAGAUAGGGAAAUUGAGCUAUGGGAGGGCAAACGUUUAGUUGGCGCCGCCUCGGCAGACGAGAUUCAAGUUGGUGAACUCUCGGUGGCGCAUCCAUCCUUCCGCAUGAUCAGUACAGCUUCAAAGUCUCUGCUUCUCAAGGACUGGCUUUCGGACGAACAUGCCAAUAUGUUUUUCCCAGUCCCAAGUCAGCCCAUGGAUACCAAGGAAGAAGGGGCGAUCCUGGCUGCCACUGGCUGCCCGAACGAAGUCAUUGAUGCUCUGCUCGUGUUCGCAGACAAAUAUCGCCAGAGCAUGUCUGCUGACAAUAUGCUGAAGAAUCGAAAGCUUGGGACCAGAACGCUCGUCAGGAUCGCGCGAAGGCUGUCUCUCUACCAACAGGACAGGGACUUGUAUGAAAUUAUUCAAAGAUCGUUGUUGGCUGAGUUCCUGCCGGCGACAGAGAUGAUUAAUCUCAACACUUUGCUCGAGGACUCGAGCAUCUUAAAGAAGACCCCACCGUUUAACCCUUCCCCGAUCAUUCAAGGGAGAGCACUUAUUUUCCCUGGCCCAAGCAGUCUUGGUCUUCAGAGCGAACCUACCUUGAUCCCGCUGUUCGAUCCCGCACAAGAUCCUGAAGGCGCUGCAUCCCAUGUACCGUACAUGAAUCACUUCUAUGAUAACAGCUUGCAAACUGGUCUAAUGCGAGACAUUGCCAUCGACUUGGAGAUCCUAGGAGAGCAUGUCGUUCUGCUUGGAAAUCAGGGCGUCGGCAAGAACAAAAUCAUAGAUAGAUUAUGUCAGCUACUAGGGCGGCCGCGCGAAUAUAUCCAGCUACACCGCGACACGACCGUCAACCAGCUCAUGUUUACAACAGCUCUUGAAGGCGGAAUUAUCAAUUACACCGACUCACCACUCCUUCGUGCAAUUAAAUUCGGCCGUGUCAUUAUUAUCGACGAGGCAGACAAGGCCCCUGAGCAUGUCGUUGCCAUCUUCCGGAGCCUAGCAGGACAAGGAGAGAUGUCUCUCUCUGAUCGCAGGCGUGUACGUCCGACGUUGGAGAGGGAAGGUGAUAUUGUUGUGCAUCCAAACUUCAGGUUGAUCCUGCUGGCGAAUAGGCCAGGGUAUCCAUUCUUGGGCAAUCAUUUUCUUCAGGUUCUCGGAGAGAACUUCAGUGCACACUCUGUCUCCAACCCCGACCAAGAGUCUGAGCGCAAGCUUAUCGCACAACUUGCCCCUGAGCUGGAUGAAGACCUGAUCCUGAGGCUUGUCGGCGCGUUCCAUGACUUACGAAAGGGAUAUCAAGACGGGGUACUGAACUAUCCAUACUCUCUUCGAGAAUUGAUAAGCCUUGUCAAGCAUAUGAAGGCCUAUCCCGGAGAUACUCUCGGCGAUGCUCUCCGCAACGUCUUCGACUUCGACAUUUACAAACCUGAGACAAUUGAGAAGCUAUCCGAAAUCCUGAUCCACCACGGACUUGAGGUCCCUCACUUGGGUUUAGACGCUGCUCGAGAGGCUGCCAAGAAGAAGGUUCAAGAGAUCCAGUUUGAACCCAAGGAGACAAGCCUGAAUCAACCAAAGGAGGGAGAGCAUGACGACAAGGAGCACUCGGGUGGCAAUCGAUGGGCUGGUGGUACUGGUGGCAGAGAUACCGCUGGGAUGGGCGGUCGAGGUGGCUACAAGCGACUUUACAAGGGUGGUGACAUCAAGCAGGUGUCUGACAAACUUAAGCAGGAUGUACCUGACGAAAUUAAAGAGAGGGCUCGCGAGAUGGCUCGCCAGGAGCUCCAAAGACGUCUUGAAGAACUCGACAUGUCUGCUGCUGAAGCCAAGGGUUAUAGCACCCUGCUCAAUGCCACCCAGGCUCAUAUGGCAUCCCUACUUGACCUGCUGGAACACCUCGCGGCCAAGGAGGAAGAGCGUGUUUGGGUCAAGCGUCAGGUCGACGGGGAGCUAGACGACAGCAGACUGACCGAGGGGCUGACUGGCGAAUCGACGGUCUACAAACGACGGAGAAUGGAGAAGCCUGAGAUUGGGCGUCCUCAAAUCAAACCGAAACGGAUAAGAUUUGUCUUCGACCUGAGUGCCUCAAUGUAUCGCUUCCAGUAUGAUGGGCGUUUGCAGCGGAGCACAGAAACCGCCGUGAUGCUCAUGGAGACCUUUAACCGACUAUCUCGCAAGGAGAAGUAUGUCUGGGAUAUGGUCGGCCAUUCGGGAGAUGGACCAGAUCUCACUUUGACCUUGGCUGACUCACCACCAACUGAGCUUAAGGACCGCUGGAAAGUUACGGAGAAGAUGAACAUGGUGCCCCAAUAUGCUUUCGCUGGUGAUUAUACUGUGGAAGCUAUUCAAAAGGCAGUCAUUGAGGUCGGCAAAUACGAUGCAGAUGAUUGGUUUGUCAUUGCGAUCACGGAUGCAAACUUUGGCAGAUACGCAAUCACUGCUGAGGAUCUUACUAGAUCAAUGAGGCAUAAUCCCAAAGUCAAUACUGCUCUCAUUUGUAUCGGCGAAGGUGCUGAGGCUGCUUGGGUCACAAAGAGCUUGCCUGGACGUGCAUUCCGUGUAGCAAACACUGGCGACAUACCUAAUGUGCUGCGCAGUAUUUUGUCCACCAUGGUGGAUCGGUGA